CUAUCACUUUGCCGCAAACAAUCACGUGUUUCAUUUAGCAAAUAUCUCUGAAUGUUGUGCGUAAAACUAUCCGUUUGGAUUUGAAUAUUUUAACAAACGGGAACACACUUUCAGCCUAUAUUCUAUAUUGCAGCAGGUCAACGAAUUGUCUUCCCUCGCGUGGAAGGUAGUUUUUCGCCCCUCCCGAGGGCAUUUCAGGGGUUCCAGGCUUACAUCAAUUAGUUAAUCUGUUUCAUUACGCACGCCACUUAACAAUUGCCACUGAUGAGCACGCACAGUUCCGUGAGAAAACGAUUUACCUGCGGUUCAAGUGCAUUAGGGAUGUGGUAGGUUUAAUAUAGAUUCACGAUGCGUAUACUGUAAUCAGUAGACUGUUGCCACUUACAGCAACUAGACGGGUUCGGCAGAGAUUUUCGUUACAAAUCCUGGUUAAGUUGAACUGUGGAACUAUGUUCAAAUUGGCAAUCGUUUGUAUCGCGCUGGCGGCAACUAUUAGUCACAGCGACGCACAAUGUCCCGACAAUCCGUGCGGCAUAGAGGCAUCGUGCCGAUUAAACACGGCCGGUAUUCCGGUCUGUUCGUGCCCGUUCGGUUAUUUGGGUGAUCCCUUCAAAAAAUGCAUACGGCCGGAAUGCGUGACCGACGGCGAUUGUACCGAGUUCCAGGGAUGCCGCAAGGGCAAAUGUGUUGAUCCGUGUGGUUGUAGCUGCGGUCUAAAUGCGGCAUGCACGACUAAACAUCACAUUCCGGUUUGUUACUGCCCGGAAGGUUUCACUGGCAGUCCCUUCGAGCGGUGUGAUCCGUUGUAAAAAUUCGUUUGAAAAAUUAAACCCACGUACAAAAGAAAUGGUUUCUAGUGUUGUUUUCUGUUCGUUUAGUUUCCAUUUUUAUACAAUUUUUCGUUAAGCUUUGAUUUGUUUCAUCGCGGGUGCGAUCGCGGCUCGGCUGUUCAUUAAAUAUAUGUAUAAUCAAGAAAAUCAUAAAGAAGCAUUUUACAAUUAUCAUAAUAAUAGUUAUUAUUAUUACCGUUACACUUAUUACGCUUAUAGGUUGUUGGAAAGAACGUUGAGAAGUGUUGUUUCUUGGGUAUUCUGGUUUGCGGCAGCUGGUUGUGGCUAAUGGUGGGAUACGUGGAGAUGGGCAAUGGGAGUUUUCAAUUUGUUUGGCGCAAGACUCGAGGUACUUCUAC